AAGCCUGAAACAGUGAAAACAACACUCCUCAGAAACCAGCAACUCAACUAACUAUUCAACCCAUCACAAAAACAGAACCUUCCAUUCUCUUUUGUUUUGUGUUGUGUUGUUCAUUACUUCACUGCCAAUAUUUUUUUUUUUUUUUUUUGCAAUCUCCUUUUCCCGGGAAAAGAAAGCCUCCUUUUUUCUCGACCAACAACAAGGUUUUGUUUUCCAGUGGGUCCUCCUCGAUCUUGUGGACUUCCCCCCCAAAAACGCAGAAUUUAUGAACACGAGAUCCCGGAAUCCGAUAUUGGAUUAGGGAUUUCGUGCAUGGAUCCUGCUUUCAAGCUCUGUGCUUUGCUGGUUAUUCUUCUAUUAGUGAAUGAUGCUUUUGCAAGUGAUUUUGGGCACUGUGAGAGAGUUGUUAAGAGUUGGGCAUACACUUCACUUGAUAAUGAAAUCAGGGAGGAUAAACACACGCUGGGGGAUUUGCUGUUCUUCCUCCAUGUCCCUAGGACGGGAGGGCGGACGUAUUUUCACUGUUUCUUGAAAAAAUUGUAUCCUAACUCUCUGGAAUGCCCUCGCUCUUAUGAUAAGUUGCGGUUUGAUCCAAGCAAACCAAAAUGCAGGCUAUUAGUUACACAUGAUGACUAUAGCGUAACAUCCAAACUUCCGAAGGCAAGAACUUCAGUUGUGACCAUACUUAGGGAUCCAGUAGAUCGUGUCUUUAGUACGUAUGAAUUUUCAAUAGAGGUUGCAGCUAGAUUUUUGGUGCAUCCCAACUUGACAUCUGCAACACAGAUGACUUUACGCUUGCGCUCUAAGACCAAAGCAGUUAGUACACUGGAUAUCUGGCCAUGGAAGUAUCUAGUUCCAUGGAUGCGGCAAGAUCUUUUUGAAAGGAGAGAUGCAAGGCGCAGAAAUGGACAGCAUACAAUAGAGAAGAAUGAUUAUUAUGACAUGGAAGAUUUUGCAAUGCCAUUACAUGAAUACAUCAAUCAUCCUGCGGCCAGGGAUAUUGUACAUAACGGAGCCACAUUCCAGGUUGCAGGUUUGACAAACAAUUCUUAUAUGGCAGAAGCACACGAAGUGCGCCAUUGUGUGCAGAAGUACAAGAUUCUUGGCAAAUAUGUGCUACAGGUUGCAAAGAAGAGAUUGGAUAAUAUGUUAUAUGUUGGUCUUACUGAAGAGCACAGAGAAUCUGCAACUAUGUUUGCAAAUGUGGUUGGUGCUCAGGUUAUAUCACAGCUUAAUGCUCCAAACACUAGCCUGGAGCUUGUUGAUAAAACAGAACAGAGUUCAGUUUCAGAUUCUGAUCCUGAUAGCAGUGAACAUCAGAAUAGUACCUCAGAGACAGUAGCAAGUGAGGUUACUUCAAGUGACAGUGGUGAAGCAACAAAGUUGAAGAUGUCUGCUAAAGAGCUCAUGGGUGCUUAUGAAGGCUGCAUCUCUAAUUUACGCAAGGCCCAGUCAAGCCGGCGUAUCGCUUCUCUGAAGAGGAUUUCUCCGGUGAACUUUACUAAGGAGGCACGUCUUCGAGUUAGUGAAGAGGUUCUCCAAGAGAUACGGUCUCUUAAUGACCUGGACUUAGAGCUUUACGAGUAUGCAAGAGCCAUUUUCGAUAAACAACAUAAAGCUACAAUGCGGACGUUCACUGAGAGAUGGGACAACAUAUCAAGCACUGCCUCUGAAAUCACUUUCUGGAAGUUCCUUCCAUUGGCAAUUACUUUUGCCUUCCUCAUUUUGGUAUUGCUACUAAUUGUAAAUGUGAGAAGAAGAACGUUGAAGAUUAAGUAAGAACUGUACUAAGUGCCAUUAUUUUGUUCCCAGUUUUGUCCCUUCAUAUAGAAAGCUCAAUUCUUAAGUCUAGGUUCCGGGCUCUCUCUCUCUGUUUUAACCAUUUAGACAUUUCAGUGCAACUAUGAACUGUUAUGAUCAUGAUGGUAUUUUUGUACCAACCAUUUCUACACAUACAAGUAUAUGAUUAUAAAGGAAAUUCAGAGCAAUAGAUUGGGCCCUUAUUUAUUCUCUUCAUAUUCUGCACUCCUAUCAAAAUGCCCAUUAA